GCCGCGGCAACGCGUCAAGUGGCGAGUACUCAAGUAGUCAAGUGUCGCACACAAAGGAAAGGGAUACUGGUACCUACAAUUUUUGUUUUAACAAGUCCGGACAGUGUUGGAUUUCUAUAGAAACUCGUGAAUUGAAUCGAAGAUGUCUGGCGGUGGCGUCAUACUAGAAAACCUGAGCGGUAAGAAGCUCUUCGUACUCGUGCUCGUGUUGUUUAUUUGCCAGAUCGGAUGCUUCCUGCUUGGUGGAUUACUAGGUACGUCUACACCGAUGUACAGACAUCAUAUUGUUUUUAUGUUUUUAUGUUUUUACACCUUGCUAUUCAUGUCGUUUCAACUUAUUUGCAGCUCCGACACCGUCCACCACAGACAUGGUAUUGGCUUCCAAGUGCAUUUAUAACCAAAGCAAUCCAUGGUCGUACAUCAGAGGAACCGGCCAAUGUGUUACGCAUGAAUUGGGCUCCUACACAUCCGAAUACAAUUUGGUCGCCAACGACAUAGUUUUUACAUUCCAGGUAUGUUAGAAAUGUCUUAGUAUUCUGGUUUAUAAUAUUAUCUUUUGCAUCUAUUUUAGUUGAUUAAAAUUGCUAUUGAAUAGCUAGAAGUCAUAAAAAUAUUAUGUAAUUAUUUUUUAAAGAAAUAAAGAUAAUGUCCACUAGGUAAGACGUUUCCGACAGUAUUUCAAUUAAGGAGAUUUAAAAUGAUUUAUAAUUAUUUUUAUAGAAAAUCAAAUUUCCAUUGCAGAUUGCCAUUCUCUUCAUUUUAUUGUAAUAAAGUUUUGAUAAAAAAUGUAGGUAUCUACCCAACAAUUAAAUUCAUGACCACAGUCUAUUGAUAGCGUAACUAAAUUAAAUGCAAAGACAAGCCACAUUCUAUAAAAUGUUAUCGUUAUUAUUGUAUACAAUCAAAUUAUAAUAUUGACUACCUCCAUGCAUCUGUAUUUUGAUUUUAAAAUCUGUUAAGUGUCAAUGUCAACAUUUAUUUAGUCUGAUUUGCUUCGUAGGUAUAUGUGUGAUGUUCGUGUUAUUUUAAAUAAUAUAAUAUAACAAAGUAAAUUAUAAGGUUGGGUCCAUAAUCCAAUCAAUUGCUCAGAACCAAAUAUCCUAAUAAAAAAUCUACUGAAACAAUCAUCAAAAAUGUUGCAAGUUCUGAUUGUGAUGUACAUAUUACAAUUCGCUGUAAUAAAAAUCAGUCUAAUGAUAGUUAUAAAUCAUUAUAUAAUUGGUUAAUUGUAUAAAAAGUAUAAAAAGUUAAGUAGUGCAGUAUACAUAAAAAUAAUACAAUUAGGUUUAUUUAGCGAAAAUACCUACCUCCUUUGUAUCAUACCUAUAUAUCACUAAAACAGGUUUACUAAUUAUGUACUAUAUUAUAGGAUUUUAUACCUUAUUAUAUGAUAUAUAGGAUAUUUCCCAAAAAUUUAUCAAAUCCAAAACUUUUGUUAUGUUUAAUAAGUUUAAUUUAUUUUUUUUUUUCAAUACUUACUAAAGCAGUAGUUUUCAACCUGUGCAUCAUGGUUUAUUAUUAAGGGAGCCGCAUCUAUAGUAAAUAUAGUAGAGUAUUACAGUAAAUGUAUUUAUUUUUAUUAUUAUCAUUAUUCGUAAGAGCUGCUAAUUUGGAUUUGAAAAUCAGAAGAGUCAUGGACCCAAAAGGGUUGAAGAAACCACUGUACUAAAGCAUUGAAUUUUGAUUACUCUAUUUCAGCAGUUCCCAACACAUUAGCUACAGGCAACGUGGUACUGGGGUGCGUACUUCUGGUUGGGGGUAUAAGCUAAGGUUUGGUAAAUUUUAUAUUAUUUUUAUUCUAAUUCAAACGCCAAUAUUUCAGUUAAAAUUUAGUAAUAAUCCAACAAUUAUUGUUAUUGUAUAAUUUUAUUUAUUUUCUUAUUUUUGUCCCAUUGUAGUGGUCACAUGUAGAAAACUAGACUAUAGGUUUUACAUAUUACUAGUGUGGCCAUGUGCCUAGGAAACUGUAUCUUAAAGGAGUAUUCUGUGAUGAUACCAACUUUGGUUUUUCAAAUGAGAACCUAUAUUAAAAAUUUCAUAAAUAAAUAAAUUACUUUAUUACUUUAAAUACAUUUUGGUGUUGAAAUUUUUGAUUUUAGUCUAAGAAUUGACGAGUUAUUUCACUUUUAAGUUCAGGUAGGGGAAGAGUAUUGGAGUAAUAAUAAAAUUCCACCUGACUUGUCGCUACCACAAAUGAUGUUUUUUUCUGUGGACAACUGUUUUACUAAUAAUUUUGCUUCGAUUUUCAAGUAUAGCAUUUUUUCUAAAAGAAAAUUAAUCUGAAGUGGUACUUUAAGGAUGUCAUUUUUUGAUUUUUUCAGCUGUUUUUAUAAUAAUUGGGAAAAAAGUUUUUUUUUUUCAAACUGUUUGAUUAGAUUCUGGAUUUAUAUUCUAUUUCUAUCAUAUUUUAAUAAAGAACAUAAAAAUUAUAAUCUUUUUUAUAAAUUUUGGGAAAUUAUGAAUAAAACACAUUUUUGGGACAUUUUAAUAUUGAAUAGUAAUUUUUCUAACAACAUUGGUCUUCUCAAAUCGCAUAAUAAUAAUUAUUGAUAUAUACCAUUUUACCAUUAGAAAAAACAUUUCAAAUUGUAUAUGAUUGACCAUAUAACUCAUUUUGACCCAAGCCCUAGAAUUAAUUUUUAACCUUUUGCGGUUUAUAGAAUAUUAAACAUUGAAGUUUAAAACCAUUUCCUACAAAAUAGUUUACCUGAUAACUCAUAUUCCUUAAACAGAAAUGUGCGGUUCAGAUUUAUACAAUCCAAAGCACUGAUUUAUGCACUUUCAGCAAAUUCAGCUCAAAUUGAUAUCUGUUUUGAUUAAUACACCCUAUAUGUUUUAAAAUCAUGUGUAUUAAAAGUCAAUAAUAUCAAAUAGUUAUAUUAUUGACUUAAAUGACUUGGAUUUUAUCAAUAUUAAUUUUAAAUAUUAUACCUAUUAUUUGUUAGAUACCUACUCCACGAGAUGGCCAGACAUUAGACUAUUCUAGAUGGCAACAGAACAUGAUUGGUGUCCUGAACUUUGAUAUUGAGUAUCAUACUGGAACUACUAUGGGUAAAUAUAUAAUUUUUAUUUUUAUACACAAGGAUCAUUGUGAUAUUUUGGAAAUUAUUAACUUUUUUUAGAUUUUAUAUUCAGAGUGGAGAAAUAUUUUCGUUUUAUAAUGAUAUUUAUUUUAUUUUAAUUUUUUCUGUGAACAACUUUUCGACCAGAAAUUUUGUUCCGAUAUUCAGGUGUAGCACUUUUUCUGACUAGAGUGGAACAUUAGGAAGAUAAUUUUUGAUUUUUCCAGGUGUUUUACAAUAUUUACAAAAUGUGUUGUUUUCAAAUAGUAUACAUUAUAUUAAAUACAUAUUUAACCGAACUCCGCUCAGAAUUUUUUCGUUAGUAAUUAUCUUCGCAUGCAGGUAUACAUUAAAUUUCUCUUCUACCUUACCAACUUUUCACUUACAACAGUGGCUCACCCAUCAUGGGGAGUAUGUCUCUUUGUUUCUAUGUUUGUUUUUCUUUGAUAAUUAAAGAGACAAGUAGGUCUAAAAUUUUACAAUUUCUUUAUUUUUGAAGAUGAACCAACUAUCUAAUUUUGAUUUUCAAAUGACAACCUUUAUUAAUAAUUCCAUACAUAGACUGAGUAUUAGUUUAAUUCUUAAUAGAUAGAACCACAGCCUAUUUAUCUCAAAUUAUCAACAUGUAUAAUUUUAUUCUUAUCUAUAAUGUAUUAUAGGUACUUUAUACAGAUUUCAAUUUAUUAUCAAUGUAAUAAAUUUAACUUUUAAUUCAUUAAAAUGCAUGUUAUUAUUAUCACUUAUUUUAUCAGUUAUUUAAUAUUUAUCACAUUAUAUUAAGACAUUGGAAUAAAUAUAGGACUAGUCGCUGACACACAUGCACACUAAAAACUACUCAGCUGGUGACUGGUUGCUAACAUGUACAUCAAAAUAUUAAGUUGUGGCUCUAUCCAUUGUAUAUGAUCUAAGGUUUAAAUAUAUUUAGUUUUGAAUUUUUUGAUGUUGCACCCUUGUAUGAGAUGUGAUCAAAAAAUACCCAGACUGUAUUAGUAAUAUUUAUAUCAAUAAAGAUAACCCCCUAUUGUUAUUUGACAAAGUAACUCUAGCAAGAAUUAAAGUUUUAUUUGAAAUUGAUAAUAAUAUUUAUUUUUAUUUUUGGCAUUUUUAUGAGACUAUGUUUCAGUCAUCAAGCAAAUUUCGUAAUGGAAGUGAACAAUGUGUGUGCUUGAAACUUUCUCCCCUUUAAAUCUCUCAAAUAUGUAUGAGAUAGAACAUUAUUCCCAAAAGCUUGAUGCAAAAGUUCAAAAGUUUCAUUCAAACUUUUCCCAAUUUAAAAUGAAAUUAUGAAAUUCUCCAGAUGACUGAAAUAUGGUUUUGUAAAAAUAUUUAUGCAUAUAAAAAUAAUUAUUGUUAUCAAUUUCAAACAAUAUUCUAUAACCCUAGCUAAAAGUUACAAUAUAAAUAUUAUUAAUACAAUCGGGGUAUUUUUUGAUCAUAUCUUUUAUAUCAAUUUAUAUUGAUCACAGAAAACAUUAAGAUAAACAUUUUUAAUACAAACUAGUCAACCACUCUGUAUAAUAUUAUUUGAAAUAAUAGAUUUAUAAACAUUAACACUAUCUCCAGUGCAAUAUUUAAUACCUAUUUCAAGUAGGUGUCUUAUUUUCUAAUAACAUUAUCUGAGUUAUAUGUAUUUGCAAAACCACACCAAAUACACAUUAGAUUCAAUUAUUCAAUUAUUGUAUGCAAUUGGUUUUGUAAUUAUGAGUAUAAAUAAGUUAUAGUUAACUUUUAAUUAACUGAUUUUGUAGAUUAUUUAAUUUUUCUAAAUAUAAAAUUUAUUAAUAUUGAAUUAUUAUAAUAUCACAAUUUGAAUAAUUUAUUGUUUUGAGUAAUUCAAUUGAUGAUGCUCAUAUAUUGAUAUAAUAAAAAGUAUAAAUUAUAUUUUCUUUUGAUUUUUAGAUAAUUGUAUAAUUUCUUUACUAAUGAAUUAUGAAUUGGAUUGCCAUUAUUAUUUUACCAUACCUGAUCAAUGGUUAUACUUAAAUUUUAGUAAUUGAAAAAAAACCACUUAUAGUUGAUUAAACAUAUUUAUAUUAAAAUUAAAAAGUUGUGCACAGAAAAAAAAAAAGAGUAAUAUAUUUUAACUAAUACCUACAUUUUUUAUAUUUUCCUCUUUUUUUUUUUUUUUUUAGUUUUUCAAAUUUAAUUGGAAUCUUGAGGAAAUCGAAAUAUGACCUUUUUCAAGUAUCUUCCCAGUUAGCUUUCUGUUUAGAAACAUUUCUAUCAUUAUAAAUCCUAGCAAGAUUUCUGGUAAAAAAGUUGCACCUAGUUUAAAAAAAAUCUUUGUAAAAUCUUAUACUCGACUCAGAAUCUAAAAUGUAUUCAAAAAUUAAACCCUAUAAAGAAAAAAACUGAACAAAAUACUAUUGAUUUUAAUUUGGAAUUUCAAGUUAAUUUUUUUUCCUAAUUGAUCUAGAAAUAUAAAAAGUAGUAAGUUCUCAUCGUGUGAAGAAUUAUUAUUGAGACUACAAAUUUUAGUACUGUAAUUCAGUGGUCAAACAAGACUUGUUUGACUUUUCUUAGUAGAUUUUAAUGACAUUUUUUUCUUUUCAAUAUAAUUAUAACCUACAUUGUUUGUAUUUUUAGAUCGCAAUUUUGUACUAACAUUGGAUACAAAACUUGGUUAUCGAAAUAUAGGAGACAGAGAUGAUGACUGGCAUUUGUAUGCUGCUUCUGUUGAAAAACGUAAUCUAGAUUGUGUUGCUACAGAGGUACACAAUUAAUAUUAUUUUUCUCUUACGUGAAUUAUUAUAAUUAAUCCAAUUUUAUUGUUUUAGAAAAUAGAUGGUCAUAAUUAUCAAUGUUCCUUAGUACCCCUCUUUGAACUUGGUUCAUUGUUUCAUGAUUAUUAUUUAAUUAAUAUAAAAAUACCAGUUGAUGAACAAAUGGGUAUAAACAUCGGUUUAGGACAUCUAAAAGAUGUUUGGCUUGUGGUAAGUAGAGAUAAAAUUGAUAAUACAACAUAGUACUAAUUAAACAUUAACAUUUUAAUUCAAUUUAUCUAAUCUUAAUGUUAAUUACCAAUGUUAUCUAAAAAUAUAUAUAGUAGACAUUUUUUCUCCUUUGAUAUAUCUUAUGAAUUGUAUGAAUAGUAAUCAAACUUACAAAAUUUCCAAAGAGUCUUAUGUUAGAUACAUUCCAGGGAAAACCAAUGAUUGCCUCACACUGAAGUCUAAUCCUGAUAUGAGUAGAUAGUAGUUAUAUCUCUUUAGAUAGAUACAUACUAUUUUUUAUAAAAUAAACAACUAAAACUCUAAUUUAUAUCUACAAAUCAUAUUUUCUUCCUUGAAAUCUUGAUAUACCAUAUUAAUAUGUGAUCUCUGUGACAAACUAGUAUAAAACUAUACAAAUGUUAGCUUUAAUGCAUUACUAUAUAUAUAUAUGUUACAUAAUAUGUCACUUCCAUAUAACAUAGAUAACAUUUGUAUCCAUUUACAAAAUUGAACUGGGGUUUCUUCACUUAGGGUAAUAACACAAUAUGGAUAACAUUUUAUAAAAUGAAACUACUUAAACUGUACAUAACUGAAUGUAUUCCAUCAUUUUAAUGUCCAUAUAGAAAAACAAUUAACUACUUUGUUUUUUUUUACAAAUGUAUUAUUAUUACAACUACAUACUAAGAAAACAAUUUUUUAUUAUUUAUUUAAACAAAUUUGAAAAUUAUGGCUCUGAGAAUUAAAAGAUCACAUUUAAUUUUGUUAUAUUUUAAUAGAAAAAUAAAGGACAUACUUUUCAUGAGCCGUUGAGAAGUUGGAAAGGUAGUAGAGGGGAAAUUAAAUGUAUAUCUUUAAGCAACGAUUAACUAUUGCAAACAAAAAAAUGAUUCUUAGAGGAGUUAAUUUUGAUAGUGUUGUUUUGUCAACAAUAUAUAUGUCAUAUAUUUUGAUAAAAUAACUACAUAGGCAUUAUAUAUUUUCUGUAAUAAUAUUUGUUCAAUAUUGUACCGAUUUUUCCAGUUUUCUCAUGUUUUUUCGCAAUUAUUGGGAAAACUCCUAGAAAAAUCAAAAAUUGACCUUUCUAAAGUACCUUCACAGUCAGAUUUCCUUUCAGAAAAAGUGCUUUUAUUUUAAAUCAGAGCAAAAAUUGCUGGUUGGUAAAAAAGUUGUCCAUAGAAAUAAAAAUUAACCAACAUCAUUGUAAAACCAUAAGCUUCAAUUCACUCAGAAUCUAAAAUAAUUUUUUUAAGCUUAUUACCAGGGUUCGAGACUUAAAGCACAUAAAACCGUCAAAAAAACACUUCAAGAAAAUAUUAUUAGAUCAAAUGGUAGAAGGUUUAAAUGUCCCUGUGUAACUCUUAAAUUAUUAAAUAUAAUUUUCUAACUCGACAUAAAUUAUUAUCAAAAAUGUAUUUUGUUUAAAUAAAAUUGUAUGUAUACAACACUCAUUUACGGGCUGAAUCCAAAAAUAUUGUGAAUUUGAUAAUUAAGGAUAUUUAAGGAUUAUAUUAUUGAGUGUAAUAAUGAAUUUUUUUUUCAUAAGACUUAAUAUGAAAAUCACAAAUAUUAUUGCCUUUUAAAACAUGUAUAACUGAACUCCACUCAGAAUCGUUUUUCAUUAGCAAUGGUUAAUUGUUGCAUACAGAUAUAAAUUGAAUUCCUCUAUUAUAUCUUACCUUCCCAAUUUCUCACCUUCAACAGUGGUCCACCUAUUGUGGCAAGUAUGUCCUUUUUAAUAUUUUUUUUGACAUACUGAUCCCUUGUUUUUUAUCAAAACUUAUCAUAAUUAUAAAUUGAAUUAUUUUAUAAACAAUUUCAUUGAAAAGUUUAUUGCUUUUGUUUACUUAAGGUAAUCAAUCAAAAUGGAGGUUUCACUUAUGUAUGGAUACAUAUGAAAGCUAUUAUUUUUCCAAUUGUUGUUGGAAUAUUAUUAUGGUUUUGGUACAGAGUUUAUCGGUUGGCGAGGAAACCAGUUUUACUUGAACAAAUGUUGUUAAUCAUUGGUAUCAUACUUAGCUGUUUGAACUGUAAGAAAAAUACAUAAUCUAUAUUUUUUUAAUUGAAUAUUAAAAUAUUUAGUUUAUUGUUUAUAAUAAUUAUGAAUUAAUUUAUUUUAUAAAAUUAACAUUUCAAAAAAAUUCAAACAAUAAUUGUAAUAUGUAUAAUCAUGUUUUUAUAAAUUAUAGUUUAAUGAAUACUACUUCAUAUUUUAUUUUAGGUUCUUGGAGGUUUUCUUAGUUUUAAAUAUGUAAAUGUAUGAAAUUAUUUAAUAGAUUUAAUGACUAAUCAUUAAAUCUAUUAAAUAUUUUUUUUAAAUCAUCCUAGUAUUUUAGAAUAUUUAUUUAAUGCAAAUUCCUUGUAAUUAAUUAUCCUACUGAAAAGAUACAGAUUCAGAUAAAGUUAUUUUUAGUUAAAAGUUAUAAUUGAACUACAUUUUGACUUAUUAUGUACCCAAAGGGAUAUCAUUUUUUUUGGGGGGGGGGAAUGUCAUUAUUAUCCAAAAUAAAAAUCAUUGUGUCUUAACAUCACAAGACACCAAUAGAAUUCUCAAAUAACUGUAAGUAAAAGUAAUCUUUAUGUUUUAUAACCAUGUACUUUCUAUAUGACUCCUAAAGUAUACCAAUUGACAAAUAUAUGUGUAUAAGUAUAGGAAUCUUGUGAGACCAGCUUAACUGUUCAAAUUAUUUAUUUUUAGUUCCUAUUGAAUCAUUGUCAUUAUAUUAUGAUAUGCCAUACAUGUUGAUAUUGCAAGACCUAAGACAAGGUGUAUUUUACGCUGCAUUACUUUCAUUUUGGUUGAUUUUUGCUGGUGAACAUCUUAUGGUAAGUAUUUAUUAAUCUUUAUCAAAAAUGGUCUUAUUGUUAAAUUUGUAUUAAUGUACAUGAAAAUAUUGAUUUUAUUUUUUCAUGGUUUCAAAUUGCUGUUCUUUUAUAGAUUCAGGUAAAUUUAUAGUUAACAGAAUAUAAUAUUAAUAUUUGUUUGGAGUUUUGAGUAAAUAGUAUUAUUGACAUUUACAGGAUUCUCAUCAAACCAGUAUACUCACAUAUUGGAAACAUUUGAGUGCAGUUUUUAUUGGCUGUGUUGCUCUAUUUGCUUUUGAAAUGAGUGAAAGAGGAACACAAUUGAAGAAUCCCUUUUACACAAUUUGGGCAACUAACACAGGGACAAAUUUAGCUGUAAAUUCCUUUUCAUUAUAAUAAAUAUAAUCACUAUUUUUGUUUUUUAAUGUAUGCAUUUAUUUAAUACGGAUCAAUUUAGAUGGCAUUUAUAUUGUUAGCAUUGCUUAGCGGAAUAUGUUACUUUGUCUUUUUAUCAUUUAUGAUAUGGAGAGUAUUCUGCAAUAUAAGUAUUCGAAGAUCAGCCUUACCAGCUAUGUCAAACGCCCGACGAUUGCAUUAUGAAGGAAGCAUUUACAGAUUCAAAUUCUUAAUGUUAGCCACUAUUCUGUGUGCUUUUGUGACUAUGGUCGAAUUUGUAUUGGGCCAGGUAGAAAUAAUUAUUAUUGAAUAAUUUGAAUUUGAAAUUUUAUUUCUUGUUUAAAAUAAAUUAAUAAAUAAAUAUAAUAUAUUUGUUUUGUGUGCAUUUAGGUUUCAGAAGGACAUUGGCGAUGGAACGAAAACAGUGAAAUCAAUUAUGGAUCUGCAUUUUUGAUUGGCGUGUAUGGGAUGUGGAAUAUAUACAUAUUUGCUCUUAUUAUUCUCUAUUCACCAUCUCACAAGCACUGGCCUUCAGAAAUGGGUAUAAUAAAUUUGUAAUAUAUAAAGUUUCAUUAAUGCCUUAAAAAACCACAGUGAUGAGAAUUUUCAUUACUUUUGUGGAAUCUUUCCAAUUGAUACAAUUACAAAAAAGUAUCAAUUCUAAAAAAACUCGUUACAUUGCAGGUAAGAGUAUUUGUAUGAUAUAAUCAAUCAAAAGUCACAAUCAUCAAAUUGAUUAAUAAGGUCAACCCUACUAUUAUUCAAGCUACCUUGCCCCAAAUGAUUAUCAUUAAAAUUCCACAAACCCAUGCUAACUUCUUUAUCACUCAUUAUCUUGUAACUGUCCAAAUCACGUAUAAUUGGUUUUCUGAAUUAGCAUUUGUAUAUUUUUGUAUUAGUUCCAUUUUUGAUUUUGUGUGUUCAAGGUCUGAACAAAAACCUACUAAAAUGGAAGUUGAAGGUACAUAACAAAAGAGGUUCUAAAAAUGUGUUUAGAGGAAGAAAAGCAAAGUAUGGUUUUAUCAUCAAAAUAAGAUUGUGAUAGGUCCAAUAGAUACAGUAUAAACAAAAAUGUCAAAACAACAAUGGAGAACAUAUGAAAAUUAUUUAGCAAAACCCAGUAACUUCCUCUACUAAAUUUUGCUUACCCAUUUAUAGAAGUUUCAUCUCUAAAUCUAAAGACGAAAUAAGUUACCUUGAAAAUAAAUUCAAGGCCCUUAUAGAAAUAGAGCUGUUUACCAUGGUUGGUUGGAAAGUGUACAAUACAGUCAUUGAUACUAUUUCCACCAUGAUAUGCUUUAUUUCUGGACAAACUUCAAAAUAUUAUAAUAAGUUAAUCCAAGCAACUAAAAUCAAUAUAGAAUCACUGACUAUGGACUCUUGAUUCUCCAUGUUAGAAUUCUCUUUUUUAAAUCUCUGCUUCAUAUGGCUUAUGAAAUAUCACUGAAAAGUGGCAAGUACGAUCUUCUGCAGAGAACAAAGUUGUGAAGGAAACAAAGAAAAAAAUGUAAAAAGACUUUAAAGAUGAAUUGAGACUUGAUAGAUUUUCUGACAGCAGGAUUUGGAUAUAUCAAUCAAUACUCAUCAAGAAAAUUUUUUGCCAAACUGGGGAAUGCUCUUCUCAAAUUACUGUUAUCAAUCUAGAUUUAAUAUUUCUAUUUAAAAUUAUACUGAAAGUUAUUUUAAGUGGCAAUAGCAUUGAUCAAAUUUGAUACUUUUACACUCGAAACUGUAAAAAUAUGUGUUGAUCUGUAUUUUUGGCCUCUUCAAAUUUGUAAAAAUAUUGUGGUAAAAGCAAUAAAUAAUUUUGUUCAGUUAUAUCAUACAAAUACUCUUCAGAUUGUGCAUUCAGUAUAGUUUCUUAACAUGGUUGGCUAAACUUAUUGGCUCUAGUUAUAGAACUAUCAAUUAUACUUUUUCCUUUAGUGUACUCAUUACUUUGGAACAAGUACUGGUAUAAUGACCCAUCACCAAUACUCGCUACAAGUUUCAUAUAAUAUUUGUACAAUGUAUAUACACUUAAAUUAUAAAUAAUUAAAAAGUAAUUAAUAUUAUUUAUCUUAACUAAAAUCCUUGUAUUUACAUUAUAAAAGUAAUAAAUAGGACAAAUUAAAAAAAAAUAUAUAAAAAAUAAUAAUUAUUGUAUGAAUAGGCCACAGACUUCUGAGUCAGAUUUAUUUUGAUCACACAUUCUCCUGUAAUCACACUACAAAGAAAUUAAAGAAAUUUUCCUUACAAAUUUUGAGUGACCUAUUGUUGGUAACUGGAAAAUAUAAACAUUCAUUUUAAAUUUUUAAAUUUUUCAUUACUUAAUAAAACAAUUUCAAAAUAAACAUAUAAACAUAAAGUGUACUCAUAUGAUUUAAUAAAUUAUUAACAUUAAUUUAUAUAUUUUUAUAAUCAUAAACAGACAGUUAUUCUUUCUCUGUCUGAUAAAAAGAAAAUUAUUAUACAUAUUAUGCUUUAUAUUUUAUAGGAUUAUUCAGACUUCCAACAAUUAUGGCUUUAUCAUUAUUAAUAUUGUUUCUUUUUGUUGAAUAAACAUACAUAAAAUAGCACCCAAUUCUUUCAGCCAGUUCAUUGUGGAUCAAAACUUGGCUUUUUAUAAUACUGAGUAAAACAUGAAAAAGUAAAACAUUGUUCAUAGGCACAGUUUCUAACGGGAAUACUAAGAAAUUACCUUUUAAAUUUUAAAAAUCAUUGAUGAUGUGUUUCUUUGAGUCUUUUUUUCAAAAUUAAACUACUUUAGUUGAUGUUCAUUUCAAUGUUUCAGUGUUGGCCAUGUUUUUUAAUAAUUUUAUUACACUAACAUGAAUGUCAAAUUGUUUUUGAAUAUAAAAUAUCCCUUAUAAAUUAACUAAAUUGUCAACCCUUUUGAUUAAUUUAAGACUUUCUUGGUUAAAUCAAAUAGUUAUUCCACAGCACACAUUUAUAUUAUACCUAUAAUAAACUCUAAAAUAAAAAAAACAAUGAUAUAUUAUGGUAGAUGGUUAAUGAUAACUGUAAUAAACAACCAAUGAAUCAGAAGUAUGGUUAUAGAUAAAAAUGCUUAUGCUAGGCUGCUUAAAAAAGUGACAGUAAAAGUUCUUUUUAAAAUUUGGUAUUAUGUAUUAACACUUGGUGUAGUCCUUGACUUUGUAUAAUUUUUCAUUGAUGAUAAUGUUUGCUGCCAAUAAUAAUUACCUUCAUUCAAAAACCCCAUAGCAAAUUCAUGACCCUUUUUAAAGUACCCCAAGAUGAGGGUAUGAGAAUAAAAUGGGAAGAAGCUUUAAGGUUUGUUAUAAAAAAAAAACCGAUAUUAAUGUUAAAUAUAAAGUAGAUUCCUGAUAAAUUUUCAAGCUUUUCUGUUGGGUCUAAAAAUUUUAUCUACAGGGUACCUAUCCAAUAAACAUUGUGUAAAAAACUCACAAAAUUUAAAUGUCUAUAAAGAUCUUAAAAGUUUUAAAAAUUUGACCAAGUCUGUAAUAGACAAAUAUAAGGUUUCUGUCCAAAUUUCAAGUCUACAAAUAUGUUUAACUGAAUUGUGACAAAAAACAAAAUUGAAAAUAAUAAAAUCAUUAUUUUUGUAACCUCCUUUUUCCCCACCUCAUUUCCUUUCCUACAGUUUUUUCCAAUUAUUAUGAAAACCACUUGGAAGUUCAAAUUCAAUUUCAAAAUAGGAGGACGAUUUCUGGUAAAAUUUCAUACAAUUUAUAUAAAAAAAAAAAUAAUAAUAAUAAAAUAAACAUUGUAAAACCAAUACGUUAUUCACUUCCCUCAUUUAGAAUCUAAAAUUAAGUUUUGAUGAUAUUUUUAUGUAUUUUAAUUAUAUGUAUUUUUUGUAUGCUUUUUAGAUGUAAAUAAUAGUUCAAGUGAUACAAUUGAAUUUAGCCGUCUUCCUACAGAACCUACUGAAAUGUCAUCACUUGCUGCAUUUUCUAAGAAAUCUGCUUUUGACUAA